AUGAGUUUAGUAGCAAACACGGGGAAAUUAGCAGGGCGUACGUUAUUUAUAACGGGAGCUUCACGUGGCAUAGGAAAAGCGAUAGCCCUCAAGGCAGCUAAAGAUGGUGCUAAUGUUGUCGUGGCCGCUAAAACGGCCGAGCCUCAUCCUAAACUUCCUGGCACUAUUUAUUCUGCCGCCGAAGAAAUUGAAGCUCUUGGAGGUAAAGCUUUACCAUGCAUAGUAGAUGUAAGGGAUGAAAAGCAAGUGCAAAAUGCUAUUGAUGAAGCAGUCAAGAAGUUCAAUGGCAUUGAUAUCUUAGUGAAUAAUGCCUCUGCAAUUUCUCUUACUGGAACAGCUCAAACUGAUAUGAAGAGAUAUGACCUAAUGCAUAAUAUUAAUACUAGAGGAACUUUCUUAGCAUCAAAAUUGUGUUUGCCGCUAUUGAAAAACAGUGACCAUGCACACAUCCUCAAUCUGUCACCACCCCUUAACAUGAAUCCUUAUUGGUUUUCUAUUCACGUCGCCUACACAAUGGCUAAGUACGGAAUGUCUAUGUGCGUGCUUGGCAUGAGUGAAGAGUUCAAACCUUACAAUAUUGGUGUGAACGCUUUGUGGCCAAAAACAGCAAUUGCCACCGCGGCUAUAGAGAUGUUGACCGGCGACACGUCGACCAGUCGCAAGCCAGACAUCGUGUCGGAUGCUGCAUACAUCAUGCUUUGCAAAGACCCAAAGAAUUACACUGGCAACUUUGCAAUCGAUGAAGAUGUCUUAAAAGCAAACGGCAUCAGUGAUCUAACUCCAUAUGCUUGCGAUCCAAAGAAUGCGGACAAUCUAUUGCUGGACGGGUUUUUGGAUGAUCCGGCGGCCAUACUUCAUCACCGGACCGUCUCGGCCGCCUCCACCCGUCAGUACCAUACUAGCGCUAUACGCUGUAAUGAGAAGGUUGGUCAUGUGAACGAUUUGUUACCCGACUUCUUUUUGGACGUACCCGGGGAAAAUAAGGAUGCCGUAAAAAAGGGAUCUGACGGACAAAUACCAGCAUUAUUUGAUGUGAUCGGCAAAAGUAUAAAUCCUGAGCUGGUAAAGAAAACUCAAGCUGUGUUCCAAUUUAAUGUGAAAGGUAAAGAGGAAGGUGUGUGGCACUUAGAUCUGAAGAAUGGAGAUGGUACCUGCGGGCAGGGCGAGCCCAAGCACCCACCAGAUGCGACUCUCACAAUGGACAGCAAUAAUUUUGCUGAUAUGUUUGCCGGUAAAUUGAAAGCUACAAAUGCUUUUAUGAUGGGCAAACUGAAAAUAAAGGGAGACUUGCAAAAAGCCAUGAAGCUAGAGAAAAUGAUGAAAUCACUCAAGAACAAAGCC